GCUACACUUUGUCAAUUCCAAAUUUACUUACUGUACUUACUCGUACUGGUGUGCCGUGCAGCCACUGCAUGCACGUCUACUAAAUUCUGUUAAAGUUUUCAGUUUUGCUAGUUUUUAGGCUGUCUGGUGAAGUUAAUUCUGCGUUUUUGCCUUUGAGCUGAAGCUGCUGAACUAAACACAAUCCGACAUUACAUGUAACUUUAUGUGGAAUCUGGACAACCAUUACCAAUUCGUAAUUUGUCCUGAUUCUGCUGCACCAUGGUUGUUUAUUCUCUGUACAUUGUCAAUAAGGCCGGAGGGCUGAUCUAUCACUACGACCACAAUGUUCAACGGAAUGAAGUGGAGAAAACCUUCAGUUAUCCCUUGGAAUUCUCGCUGGAGUUCAUGGACGAACGUUUGGUGGUCCGUUUCGGAGAAGCUGAUAAUAUCCGCGUAGGUUACAGCGUUCUCUCCGUAAAUGGUAUCCCAGUUGUCGGCCGAAACAUCCAAGGCGAUCCAGCACAGAAACGAGCCGAGCAAGAAGUGCUGGAAUUCCUGAACAACCCGGCCAAUUAUCCUGUUAGUAUUAAAUUCGGUCGAGCCCCUCUGAAGACCAACGAGCGACUCAUGCUAACCAGCACAUUCCAUUCAUUGUAUGCCAUCAGCGCGCAGCUCUCUCCCGAACCUAAUUCGUCGGGAAUGCGAACCCUGGAUACUGAUGCAUUCCGAUUGCACUGUUUCCAGACCAUCACGGGAACCAAAUUCCUGAUUCUGACGGAUUUGAAGCAGGAAGGGGCCGAUGCAUUACUGCGGAAGCUGUAUCAAAUUUAUGCGGAUUAUGCACUGAAAAAUCCAUUUUAUAUUUUGGAGAUGCCAGUACGCUUUGAAUUAUUUGACGAGAAUGUUAAAGCCGCUGUGGAAUUCACUGAUAAAAGUGGCAUUAGCGUGAUCUAGUCAUUCUUGUGUAUUUUUACGGUUUUCAGUGUUUGUGAUCAUCGUGACGAUUACUCCUUGUUUGCCUUCAUUUUGUGACAUAUUUUACGGAACGCCAAUCAGAAGAAAUUAACAAAACAGACCACAUGGUUGUUCUUAUUA